AUGGACGAUGCGACGCGAGAUAGCGCGCUCAUCCUCAAUGCCGCGCAGGGGGUCUUUCCUGCCGCGCCGGAGCGUCCAAACGGGAAACUGCGACCCAAGCCGCGUCCUGUAGAAGGCGAGGACAACACGAAUCGCAAGCUGCUCAACCUACCACCCAUUGUCGGAUCAUGUCUGCAGUAUGCGAACAAGAGUCUGCCGUAUCGCCCCUUCCCUCCUGGUGUCGACGAUGUACGAAAGAAGAUGUUCUCCAUGGRGCAGCCGCUGCUCCUCGACUCGCAGCAGAUUGCCGAUUACUGGCCACACAUCAGCAACGUCUACAUGCGAUCGAGCAGGCCACAUGAGAAUGACAACGGUACUGUUUCAGAGGCGUGGGAAUGUCGAAUACGGCGGAGAGUGACGAUGAAAGGCAAGGACAAGACCGGUCAAGGACUGAGGCAGCGCCAGAGCAAAGACGAACUGCUGGGCGACGUCGACGAGUGCAAGAUCCGUCUGAACCUUUUGUCCUAUACCAAACAUGUCAAAUCACAAGAAGACUGUGGUGGGCCAGGACUCGGCAACUGCAAUUGCGUUGCUGAGUGGCUGUACAUUGAACGAACCAACCACACGGCCGAAGGUAAUGUCCAGCACACACAUUCUCUCGACUUGCUUGAUGUCUAUAAGCGCAGCGAUGCUGUCAUGUAUUUCUGCAAAGUCAAAGUGGAGGAGGGUCAGUAUUCGUAUGCAGCUGUCCUACGAUGGGCCAAGGAGAAGUACGGAUCCGUCACCAGUCAGCUGCAACAUCUCAACAAGGCAGACGUUGCGAACGUCGCUAGAUUCUGGAGACAACAACACAAGGAUGUUGAGUUGCGUCCCGAGAUUGUCGAAGAGACGGACGAGCAUCGGCAGCGCAAGGACUGUCUUGACUCAAUCCAGACUACAUCUGCUGAACAGCUACGUAAGGCCCUGGCAGAGGUGUGCAAGGUAUAUCCACAUGCCGUUGAUAUGAUUGCGCCAUUCAUGGAGAAAUCACCAGAUAGCUUGAGCGAGUCGAAACCAAUCGCAGAGGGUAUCCAACUCAACAUACCGCCUCCUGGACGGCCUAGGAAAAGAAAAAUGGCCUGCGAUCCUCCAUCCCCCUCGACAGUGCCGCAAAGAGCGCCACAGCCUCCAGGAUCGUAUCAACUAGCCUCGCAAGCUCCACAGGCGUAUUCGCCUGCAUACCAGCAAGUCUCCUCGAUUGCUCCACAGAACGCAGUACGCGGCUUUCGGAUAACCUUKCCCAGCCCCGCAUCUGCAACUGCCUCUGCGGGAACAAAAGCCGCCCACGGUGUGCAUCUGACUACUGCUCCACCGCCACCACCAUACCCAGUCGCACCACAGCCGGCUCAAUUGCUGCAGUAUCCUCGCCCGAGCAUCCCUCAGCCCAACGGCAAUCAGCGGAGCGUGAUAAAUGGGAACCAGGGCAUUCAAGAUCGUCCUUCGUGGGCACAGCCUGCUGCGCGGAAGCAAGGCGAUUUUGCAACUGCCCCCUUUGGCGUGAAGUCGCCGAUCAAAGCAGCCGCGGAUCCGCCAUCGGUGCAAGGGUCCGAGGAAGACAUUGAGGAACAGCUGCGAAAUGAGCUGAGCUGA